AAGAUGUUCAAUUCUUAAAUUAAAUUUUUGUUGGAUUCCCAUAGAAAUUUUGCAUCGAGUAAAGAAGGAGGAGAAAAGAAUAUACCACCAUGUACGAAGCUGGCCAAAUUCGAAUCGUGUCAAUUGGAUCCUUGUAUGCUAGAUCCAUGCAAACCGGAACCAACGGUCGUAAUCAUCGGCGCUGGGAUGGCCGGACUUUCAGCGGCGCAUCGAUUGGCUCAAUGCGGUCUUCAAAAUUUUACGAUAUUAGAGGCAACGGAUAGACCAGGAGGUCGAAUCCAUUCGUGUUGGCUGGGAGACGUGGUGGCCGAGAUGGGUGCCACCUGGAUCGAAGGUGGAUGCGUGGCGAAUCCUGUAUUCACUUUGGCUGCCCAAGAGGGUCUUCUGAAACCGCCCCUGUUCAGGCCUGAUCCGAGUCGUGGACUCUUUUGCACGAGCGACGGCCGUGCUAUCGAUCUUCCCGUCAGCAUUACGGCUUAUCAUACAUUUCGACAGAUCGAGCAGCAGGCGGCAACUCUUUUCUCCCUAGGUUGUGGCCGGACCCACGGUACGUUGCUGAAUUUCAUGGGCGUCCGAAUUCAGCAGGAGCUCCACAAUUUCCCGGAGGAGCAACGAUAUGACGCAGCCAGGGUGAUGUACGGAAUGACGAACUGUGUGAGAUGUCGAUGCGGGGACGAUCUGUCCCUCGUUUCCGCCGAUCAGUUUGGAAGUUACAUCGAGAUACCUGGAGGAAACGUGAGAGUGCCCCUUGGAUACGUUGGAGUACUUGCGCCGUUGUUACGAGAUCUGCCGAGCUGUGCUCUCAAAUAUUGUAAACCGGUAAGUUGCAUUAGAUGGGGCGCCAUAAGCGAUUCUUGUCCCCGAGCAGUGGUGAAGUGUUGCGAUGGGGAAGAAUUUCCGGCCGAUUACGUGAUAAUCACCGUGUCCCUCGGUGUGUUGAAGCACCAACACGACAAACUUUUCUGCCCCGCAUUACCAGCGGAGAAAGUGGAAGCGAUUUGCAAAUUGGGAUACGGAUACGUUAAUAAAAUAUUCUUGGAAUACGCGAGGCCGUUUUGGGUUUGGAAGGAAGGAGGUCUUAAACUGGCUUGGUCAGCUGACGAGCUUGCCGAUAGAUGCGAUUGGGUGAAAGGAAUUUCAAACGUGGAAGAAUUAUCGACUUCCCAGCACGUUUUAUGCGCGUGGAUUUGCGGUCGAGAGGCGGCUGAUAUGGAAUUGUGCUCCGACGAGGAGGUGGUCGAGUCAAUAACGAGAGUUCUUCGACAAUUCACCGGUGAUCCUACACUCCCCUAUCCAGCAAAUCUUCUCAGAAGCAAAUGGUGCAUGGAUCAAUAUUUUUCCGGUUCAUACAGUUAUAUGGGAUUGGAGAGUACCGUUGGUCACCAAUGUGAUUUAGCUAGUCCGUUGCCAGGUACGUGCGAACCUAUACCUCCGAUUCUUUUAUUCGCUGGAGAAGCCACAAUUCCAGGACAUUACAGCACAGUACAUGGGGCUAGAUUGAGUGGUAUUCGCGAAGCUGAGAGGAUAAUACAAUUAACGAAACGAUUCGGUGGUCCACCAAAGAAUACACCUGUCAAAAGCUAAAUUCGUCCAAAUAUUGAAAGAAAUUGGUAUGCGUCAUGGUAAAUGUGUCUGUUUCUUUUUUUUUUUUUUUUUGUCUAAAAACAGAAUAAUUGUGUUUUAAUUCGAACAA